AAAAAAUUAAACAAUUAAAAAUUCAAAUAGCUACAGAUUUAACAAAUUUUUCUCGUCUUAGUAUACAAAGUAAAUUUUAUUUAUAUAAUAAUUUAAUUUAUCAACAAGUAAGAGAAACAAUUACGAAAUGUCUGGACCUAUGGUUUUGUGUCAACUAUGGAUGGGUGGCUUGGAACCAUAUAUGACAGAAAGCUUUAUAAUGAAUGCAUUUCAUAAAAUGGGCGAACAACCACAAACAGUAAAAGUAAUGAGAAACAGAUACACUGGUGAGCCAGCAGGUUAUUGCUUCGUACAUUUUCCAACUGAUGAAAUGGCUCUUGAUGCAAUGCAUAAAUUAAAUGGUAAAGUAAUUCCAGGAUCUAGUCCGUCUGUUAGAUUUCGGCUCAAUCAUGCCAGUACUACAGGCAAACCUGCAGCAGAUCGUGAAUUCAGUAUCUGGGUUGGUGAUUUAUCAACGGAUGUUGAUGAUUAUUCAUUAUACCGGGCAUUUGCAGCUAAAUAUAAUUCUAUUCGUACUGCUAAAGUCAUUUUAGACAGUUCAGGAUUCAGUAAAGGUUAUGGCUUUGUUAGAUUUGCUAAUGAGGAUGAGCAAAAAAAUAGUUUAGUUGCUAUGAAUGGUUACAGAGGUUUAGGAACAAAAUCUUUGAAAAUAUGCAACGCAGUUCCCAGGCCAUGGAACAAAUUAACAGGAUCAACUACACCGCAAUCAUCUUCGGAAUAUUCAUCCACAAACAUUAGCUCAGAAGGAUAUAAUUAUUAUGAUACUUCGUCUUAUUGGAAUAGCUACAGUGCAUGGCAACAAGGUUAUUAUGAGAGUGAACCAACUGCUGAUGUAUACGGUGCAUAUGUUUCUGAACAAAAACCUGAAGAAGAUGAACUAGAACUUAUUGAGCACUCUCUUCCAGUUGACAGUGAUAAACUUAAUCGAGAAAUUAUUGAACAAGAUUACAACAUGUGGGAUGCAUUAGAAAGUUCCAAAUGGAUUCCUUGUGACACUCUCGAACUAUGUUAUUAGAAAUUUAAUAAACUAUAACUUUUUUAUAAAAACAAUGGAAA